AUGAAGUAUGGCUGGAAUUUGGUUACCGGGGUUGAAUGGCGCCUGACGUCAUGGAAAUCCCCGAUCCUAACGGACGGCCCAAACAUAUUGUUCCGGACAGGUCCAUGGAAUGGACUUAGAUAUACCGGACUCCCUAAUUUGAGACCGAACCCGGUUUACAACUUCACUUUUGUUUUUAAUCUAAGAGAAAUUUACUACCAGAAUUAUCUUAUAAAUACUUCGGCCUUGAUGAGGUUGGUGUUACAGCCAGAUGGUCGUAUGGAGCGCUUCUUAUGGGCUGAUAGCAAACAAGAAUGGAACCUUUUUCAGGCCCUAGAUAGCGAUCGUUGUGAUCGAUACGCUCUAUGUGGGCCAUUCGGGAGUUGCAACAUUGAAAACUCCCUGGUUUGUGAAUGUCUGAAGGGGUUUGAACCCAGGUCUCCUGAUCAGUGGAGGGGUGGAAACUGGUCACAAGGGUGUCGACGUGCUAUCCCUUUGGAUUGUGGACCGGAAGAAGGGUUCAAAAAAUAUUCUAACUUGAAGUUACCCGACACUAAGGGGUCAUGGUACAACCAGACCAUGACCCUUGUGGACUGUGAGAAGAUGUGUAAAAGCAAUUGUUCUUGUACUGCUUACACAAAUUCGGACAUCUCAGUGACUGGGAGUGGUUGCUUGCUCUGGUUCGGUGACCUGAUUGAUAUCAGAACAUUUGCUUUAAACGGGGACACUCUUUAUAUACGAAUGCCACCUUCGGAGUUAGGAAACAGGAAAAGUUCAAUUAUUGAAGGGAUAGGAGUACGAGUUAUGGUACCCAUAUUAGUGGUUCUGGUCAUCCUAGUUUCAAUAUGCUUAUUUUAUCGUUACCGUAGGAAGAAGCGACAUCAACAAGGAACAACCAAACACGAGUUUGAACAUGAUCUUGAAAAUACAAGUGGUGGCGAAGAUCUAGAGCUACCAUUGUUUGGAUUGUCUACUUUACUUAAAGCUACAAACAACUUUUCGAUGGACAACAAACUUGGAGAGGGCGGUUUUGGCCCCGUUUACAAGGGUGUACUUGAAGACGGAAAAGAAAUAGCAGUGAAGCGGCUAGCAAAAACAUCAACUCAAGGACUUCAUGAGUUCAAGAAUGAAGUCAUCUCGAUAUCUAAACUACAACAUCGCAAUCUAGUCAAGCUCUUGGGUUACUCCAUAGAGGGAGCCGAAAAAAUGUUGAUUUAUGAAUACAUGCCAAACAAAGGACUAGAUUCCUACAUAUUUGAUAGAACACAAAGCGAACUCCUUGAUUGGCCUGUGCGUUACCACAUAAUCAAUGGAAUUGCUCGCGGACUUCUUUAUCUCCAUCAAGAUUCUCGGCUAAGAAUUAUACAUAGAGAUCUCAAGGUUAGCAAUAUUUUGCUCGACAAGGAUAUGAACCCGAAUAUAUCAGAUUUUGGCAUGGCUAGAAGUUUUGGAGGAAAUCAGACAGAGGCGAACACAAACAGAAUGGUUGGAACAUAUGGCUACAUGGCGCCAGAGUAUGCGGGAGGUGGUGAAUUUUCGAUCAAAUCAGACGUAUAUAGCUUCGGUGUAGUAGUGUUGGAAAUUGUGUGUGGAGAGAAAAACAGAGGAUUUGUCCACAAAGAACACUGCAACAACCUUAUUGGACAUGCUUGGAGACUUCAUAACGAAGGUAGAUCAAUGGAGUUGGUUGCUAAGUGUCUAAGUGAAUCAAUCAAUGCGUCUCAGGUUCUACGUUUAAUCCAUGUUGGUUUGUUGUGUGUUCAACGUCAUCAAGAAGAUAGACCGACAAUGACUUCUGUGAUCUUGAUGUUGGGGAGUGAGGGUAAAUUGCCUUCACCUAAAGAACCUGGUUUUUAUGUUGGAGAAUAUAUGCAAGAUACUGCAAAAUCUUCAAGCUCGUAUGGAAUAAGUUCUAACAAUGAACUAAGCAUGACAAUGUUGGAUGGUAGAUAG